CGCUUCAUUACGGUAGUGACAUAGGCUACACAUGACCUGAUGACAGGUGAGGAAGUUCUCAAGUUUUACUGGUUAUACACAACCAGCAGCUCACCGGCUUACUUCAUUUUACACUAAUACCUGGUCACAAAGCGUUCAAGCAAGCAGACAUGAAGGCUCCGGCUCCUCUUCAGUCUGAUCUGAAGGUGAAUACGGAUGCCAGACUACAGCGAAACUAUACCAGUCCAAGGCUGGAAAACCGGUUUCUGGCUCAAGCGCCCUCAGCGUUGUCUCUCCAUCAGUACACCUCUCCAUCCUGGGCCAAUCAGACCUCCACCACCUCAUCAUGUCCAGCACUCCAGCCAACCAGCCUGUCCUCCACUCUGGCCACCUCAUCUCUUCUGUCGUCCACGACGAUGAGCUCAAUCUCCUCUGGUUCCUCUCUGCUGAGCACCAAGAAUACUCUUCUAAUGGAGCCUCUGCUCCACCUUCCAGUCUCAUCCUCUCUAACCUCUACCUAUUCCCAUAAUCCUUUACUCUCUUGCUCCCAAAAUUCCACUGCCAGUGCCAUCCCACCACUCUGCCCCUAUCUGUCACCUUCAAAGGAGAAUAAAGCGGGCAAAAAUGAAAAGAGAGAAGUGGAAGAUAUGCUUUUCUCCUCUGAAGGCUUGCUGGGAUAUAGUGAGGAGCCCAAACAGGAUGCCAUCAGGAUGCCUUCCAAGGAAAGCUUGGAAGAGGAAGACCAGAUGCUGUCCUCUGAGAUACCUGUUUUGGAUAUGGAUUUAGAUGGAGAGGGGGAGCAGACCGUAGCACCUCAUGAGGAGUUUGGGGCUCUUGAAGCAAGUGAGGACAGGGAAACUUAUGGAACUGAUAGGCCGCAAGAACAACCUGGUGAAUAUGGUGUGCUGCUCGCUGGUUAAUAAGACCUGUACCCCGGGCCAGAAGGACUGGGAUAAGCAAAGGGGGAGUGUGGGGCAUUAUUAAGAAACUGGCCACUGAGAUUACCACAGAAGACCCCGAGUUUGUCCUUAAGGUUGCAGUCUAUACUAGGCAGGAACUAAACAUUCGUAUCGCAGCCAAUUUCUUGCUAGCACUGGCGGCCCAUCUGCCUGCGUCAAAGCCACACUUUAGAAGGUACUUUUGUGCCGCUGUGCAGCUGCCGUCUGAUUGGCUGGAGGUGACAAGAAUCUAUAGCAUGUGUUUCAGUAAAUCUUUACCCUCCUGCCUGAAAAAAGCUCUAGUGGAUAAAUUUAAGCAGUUCACUGAAUAUCAGCUGGCCAAAUACAAUACACGGAAACAUCGCUGCAAACACAACAAGAAACGGAAGAAAGGACGGGAAAUCUCUGAUCUGCAGUGGAAAAAGUGGGGUGAACUCCUCAGAGUGGACGGCUCAAUUCUCAAAAAAUAUUUGGAGAGCCAGAAUCGUGCUACAAAGGAUAAAAAACAGAGUGAAUUCAACCUCAAGAAGAUGAUAAAGCGCCUUCACAUCAAAGAACCUGCAGAAUAUGUCAUGGCCAUUCUGGGAAAGAAAUACCCGAGCGAUCUGAAGGGAUUCUCUCGCAGUGGUCUCAGUGGGGUCUGGGAUAGAGAGAGAGCUGGAAAACGGAUGAAACUUAAGCAACCCGACACAUGGGAGUGCAGACUGAGUCAGGAGGGAAACAAAGCUGCCACCUGGGAGAAACUCAUCGAUAGGAAGUCUCUUCCGUUUAUGGCAAUGCUGAGGAACCUGAGGAACAUGAUUUCUGUGGGCAUCAGUGAGAAACAUCAUUCUGUGAUCCUCAACAGGCUGACCUCGAAGAACGCAGUAAUCCAGAGCAGGCAGUUUCCCUUCCGUUUCCUGUCUGCUUAUAAAGUCAUUUUGGAGCUCGGUAAAUUUGCUGGUGGGCCUGCGGUCGAGGUGCCGAGCUCCAAGGAGAUCCUGCGAGACAUCGUGAAGAAAUUGCCAAAGAGCAAGCGAUUCAAACGACACAAUUGGGACACAACAGUACGCAAGAGAGUGAGAAUUACAAUGCGAGUGCCCUUCAUAUACCGCAUAUUCAACGCCAAACGCAAUCUCCUGAGAAAAGCAAAUCAGAGACUGUACACUCAGGAGCUUCUGAAGAAGUACUGCAGUUCUUUGGAGAAAGCUGUGCAGAUCUCCUGCAAGUACAACAUCCCUCCUCUCCCUGGACGCACUCUGGUGAUCUGUAGUACCGGUUUUUCAGAGGAUCGCGACUGGAGUGGCGCUGAGGACGUCUGCUUGCCCCCUGAAAGCACCGAUAACAUUGACAACGAUAAACUCUCAGCAUCGAUGCAGGAAGCUGCGCUGCUUUUAUGCAUGAUGAUUAACUACUGCAGCGAAGACUCCCAAGUCAUGCUGCAUAGAUACCAAGACUUCCAGGAGUUCAAGUUCAAGUCUGACGUCCUUCUGGAUAAUGUGAGACAAGCAAUGAAGCAAGUGAAUGAUAUAAAUGACGGCAAAACAGAAUCUGAAUUCAAAACGUUCUCUACAUUGUUUACUAGGAUGACCGAAGAGAAGAUGAAGCUGGAUCGUAUAGUUGUGCUUGAAAAUGGCUACACCAACGGUGCUUUGAUGACGAUUAUCAAUAACUAUCGGCAAGAUACCAACCCUGAUGCUGUUGUGAUAGAGGUGCUGCUCAGGAACAGGCUUUCAGGAGAUGAUGUGAAAUACGAACUGGAAUCCAACACUGUAAAACUCUGUGGGUUCAGCGAGCAGAUCCUGAAGUUUGUCUCCGAGAGAGGCUCCUCAAGGAUGCUGCAGCACGUGGAGCACAUGGACAGACUCUAUAACAUCCCUCCACCACAGGGGCGCAAAACUGAACCUGAGAGACCUACUGAUGUCAUCCCACUGCCAGCAACACCAAAGUUAAGAUGGAAAGGUGUGCGAGUGUUCAUCUCUUCUACGUUCAGGGACAUGCAUGCGGAGAGGGAUGUUCUUGUGCGGAGUGUGUUUCCAGAGCUCAGAAGGCGGGCAGCGGCGCACUAUCUCUACCUGCAGGAAGUGGAGCUGCGCUGGGGCGUGACGGAGGAGGAGUCUAACCGUGCUGUGGAGCUCUGUCUGUCGGAGGUCUGCCGCAGCCAGCUGUUGCUGGGAAUUCUGGGGGAGAGAUAUGGCUUGGUGCCGCCCCGCCCCACCCUACCUGAACUUCCUCAAUACAGCUGGGUAAUAAUUUAAUUUGUUUAUCUGAUA